AUGUACGAGAAGAUUUCUAUAAUAGUUUUCCUCGUGUCUCUGAUCCUCUGCCAAAUAAGGAGUUUUUCUAGAAUUCUCCGUCACAUCCGUAGACUUAUGAUCAUUUGUCAGGGUCGUGAGCCAUUCAUCGCCUCAACUUUCAGGUGCCACGCGCAUACGUUUCAUGUGUGGCACCCAGAACGCCUGAGCAAUAGCGAGUGUACGAGCUUUCGUUUUUUGUACAAGCCGAUUUUGGACUCUUUGGAGCUCCUAUUGGCUCCCGAAUGUCAAGUUGAUCGCAGGAUCACAUCAGUCUGGGACCUGUGGCUCGCUUCACACAUGCGUCGUAAUGACAUAUUCAUUUACGUUGGUGAUAUAAGAAUGUACAUAUUCUUUUUUGUGCGUUUCCGAAGUCUGCGGCGCCGCGGUAUCUAUUGCAUCUACUUCCAAACCGAGCCGAUUCACCUUGUGCUCCCGGUAUUGUUGGACAGACUAGGCCUGUUUUCUAAGCACCAGCCCGACGAAAUCUGGGACUACGCAGCCCUUAACCUCACAACUCUCCAGAAACUUGACGUGCCUAGUCUCACCUGCAAGUCCUUUUUGAUUGACCACGCGUCAAAGCUCGAGACACCCGACCUCAUCUUCCUCGGCAACAUCAAGCAUCGACAGCCCGGAAGUUCAAUUUUCCUCAACAUUCACAAGGUUGGGGCCACGACAAUCGAAGCCCUUCGCAUCAACAAACUUCUUGGCCACAAAGCCCUUAUCAUUUCGGAACCCUGCGAAGAAAUCGACCGUCUGAACUACAACGGCCUCGUUUUCUUUGAGCCGUUGGAGUGUAUCCCGCAAAAAUUUGACGAGCUCGUUGCAAUUGGACCUGAGAGACGGCAGAAACUGGCCGAUGAGAUCUACGCAAGCUCACCUGACACAGAAGGACGAAGCCCCAAAAGCACAUGUGCCAGGCUGCCACUUAUCCCGAAGGCACUAAUGCGACCUUCAACGACUGGCAAGCCUGGUUGUUGCUGCUGGAUUGCAAGGCAGGUUUCCACUGACAUGUAG